AUGUAUAAUAUGUUUGCUGCUGCUACUAAAAGUUUUGUGAAGCAGGUUGGUGACGGAGGUCGAUUAGUUCCUGUCCGCAGUCUCAGUGAAGCUGAUAAAUAUCAACCUCUUGGUCUUGUUAUCAAAAAGAAAAACUGCUUUCUUUCUAAAAGGUCGAAAUUUACCUCAACACCAUUCAGCCUAAAAGACAUUCUUCAAGGAGAGAAAGAAAUUUCUGCAGGUAUUUCAUCAUAUCAAUUACUAAAUUAUGAAGACAAAUCUGAUGUAGCCCUUAAUGGCAAGCAAGGAAAUCACAUCAUGAACUCUUCUGGGGUCAGUACUGCUGGGUCAGAUUCCCUUGCAGUGAAGGCUUCUUUCGGUAUUGUAACUAAGCAUGAGGUUGAGGUACCGACAUUGCUCAGAGAAUUAACUAGUAGAAAAGUGGAUUUCGAACACUGCCUUGUUCGUCAGUCACGAGAGAGUAGUAGAACGGUUCUCUGUGUGGUGAUGGAGAGUAUUCGAACAACUCGACAGUGUUCUCUCUCUGUUCAUGCUGGUAUGAGAGGUGACACAAUGAGAUUUCAUAUUAUCGAUGAACAUAAUUACAAAGGAUGUGACAAAGCAAUUGUCUUUCCUGCACAUACAACAAUUGCAUUUAGCAUAUUUGAGCUUUAUAUUCGCCUGGAUGGUAAUUUUGAACUUUGUGUUGCUCCAGAAUCAAAAGGAGGAUUUGAAAAAGAACCAUCAAGAUCAUUUUCACUAACUAAAUUAAGGAAAAAUCUAUUUCAUCGAAAUAAAAGGGUGAUGGAUAUCAUUGUCCACUCAGAUAAUUAUUUAGAUGACCUUUUUGCGGAUUAUUAUGAAAAAACAGCAAGCAUGACUGACAUUUCAACAAACUAUUUCCGAGAAGGAGCCCAUGUACGAGUGAAUUUGCUUAAUAACCACAUUCCUAAAGGUCGUUGUUCUUUAUGCGGUAUGGGGAGUUCCAGAAGGGAAACAGUUUAUGGUUGCCUUGAAUGUUCUUUUAAUGGACAAAAGUUUGUGCGACUUCAUGCCGUGCCUUGUUUUGAUCUCUGGCACAAAAGAAUGAAGUAGAUUUCUGAUAAAUGUUUACGGGCUGGCUCCAAAGUUAAUUAUACUUCAUUCCCUAUAAAACCAAUGGAAUUAGCUAAGUCACAGCUAUCUUUUCAUCUUGAUUUCAAUGGAAUUUAAAUGCAACUAACUAAUUCUGGAUACAAUUCUGUAUCUGAACUAGGUUUGAUUGUGCCAUCAGGGUCUGUGAAUUUUGACUGCAAACAUGUAAAAGACAGAACCACAAAGUCUCCUAUUUGCAUCUAUAUUUUUAAAAGUAAGUUUUCUAGUUAUAAAAAUAAAUAUCAGUUAGAAUAAUUUAAUAAAACUGCUUUCCAAAAUUUGUUUUCUUGGAUUUCCUUUGAUCUACAUAAUGAAGAUAUGUACACUUUUGACUUAAACU